AUGUUCAAAGCUGUGAUUUUCGUCUGCGCCCAAGUGCUCUUCGUUCAGUUAAUUGCCGGGCAGUGUAUAGGGCACCAUAGUUCGGUUCCCGUGACAUCAGCUCAUCCUUGUUCUACCACCCAUCUCGGUCACACUGCUUCCCUUAGUUCGUGCGGUUACGGUAUCUCUGCCAUUCCUGCUUCUAGCGGUGGCGGUCUCGAAGUGUUCAGUUCUUCUGCCUUUUCACCAGAUGGACUAUCAGUCUUCUCAGAAAACGCCAUCGAAGGAAACCUCGCAGCCGCCGGUGCUCUGCCUUUCCUGGGUGCUGUGGCUCUUGAAGGUGUUCUACCAAGUUCUGGUAUUGGUGCUGUCAACUAUGGCUGCGGUAAUGGAGAAGUGGCCAUCUUGGCUGAGGACAAUGCCUCCUCUUCACUUGCUGGUUCACUUGGCUCCGGUGCUUUCGGCUCCUACUUUGGUCAUCAUGCUGCUGCUGAAUCCAUCGGUCCUGGUGGUUUCGGCUGCGGCUGCGGUCGUUUGGCUAGACCAACCCACAUUAGCUGCGGCUGUGGCAGCAUAUUUUAAAAAUUUGAACUGUUUGAAUGGAUUUUCAUAAUAUAACAAAGCAAUACACUA